AUACCUCAUUGUAGUUUUGAUUUGCAUUUCUCUAAUGAUUAGUGAUAUUGAGCAUCUUUUCAUGUGUUUGUUGGCAAUCUGUAUAUCUUCUUUGGAGAAAUGUCUAUUUAGGUCUGCUGCCCAUUUUAGAUUAGGUUGUUUAUUUUUUUGAUAUUGAGCUGCAUGAGCUGCUUGUAUAUUAUGGAGAUUAAUCCUUUGUCUGUUGCUUCAUUUGCAAAUAUUUCCUCUUAUUCUGAGGGUUUUCUUUUCAUUUUAAUGUUUCCUUUGCUCUGCAAAAGCUUUUAAAUUUCAUUAGGUGCUAUUUGUUUAUUUUUGGUUUUAUUUUCAUUUUUCCAGAGGUGGGUCAAAAAGAAUCUUCCUGUGAUUUAUGUCAUAGAGUGUUCUUCCUAUGUUUUCCUCUAAGAGUUUUAUAGUGUCUGGCUUUACAUUUAGGUCUUGAAUCCAUUUUGAGUUUAUUUUUGUGUAUGGUGUUAGGGAGUGUUCUAAUUUCAUUCUUUUACAUGUAGCUGUCCAGUUUUCCCAGCACCACUUAUUGAAGAGACUGUCUUUUCUCCAUUGUAUUUUCUUGCCUCCUUUAUCAAAGAUGAGGUGACCGUAUGUGUAGGGUUUAUCUCUGGGCUUUCUAUCCAGUUCCAUUGAUCUAUAUUUCUGUUUUUGUGACAGUACCAUACUACCUUGAUUACUGUAUCUUUGUACUAUAGUCUGAAGUCUGGGAACCUGAUUCCUCCAGCUCUGUUUUUCUUUCUCAAGAUUGCUUUGGCUAUUCGGUGUCUUUUGUGUUUCCAAACCAGUUGUGAAAUUUUUUGUUCUAGCUCUGUGAAAAAUGCCUUUGGUAGUUUGAUAGGGAUUGCAUUGAAUCUGUAGAUUGCUUUGGGUAGUAUAGUCAUUUUCACAAUGUUGAUUUUUCCAAUCCAAGAACAUGGUUUAUCCCUCCAUCUCUUUGUAUCAUCUUUAAUUUCUUUCAUCAGUGUCUCAUAGUUUUCUGCAUACAGGUCUUUUGUCUCCUUAGGUAGGUUUAUUCCUAGGUAUUUUAUUCUUUUUGUUGAAUUGGUAAAUGAGAGUGUUUCCUUAAUUUCUCUUUCAGAUUUUUCAUCAUUAGUGUAUAGGAAUGCAGGAGAUUUCUGUGCAUUAAUUUGUAUCCUGCUACUUUACCAAAUUCAUUGGUGAGCUCUAAUAGUUUUCUGGUAGCAUCUUUAGGAAUCUCUAUGUAUAGUGUCAUGUCAUCUGUAAACAGUGACAGUUUUACUUCUUUUCUAAUUUGGAUUCCUUUUAUUUCUUUUUGUUCUCUGAUUGCUGUGGCUAAAACUUCCAAACUAUGUUGAAUAAUGGCGGUGAGAGUGGGCAACCUUGUCUUCUUCCUAACCUUAGUGGAAAUGGUUUCAGUUUUUGACCAUUGAGAACAAUGUGGCUGUGGGUUUGUCAUAUAUGGCCUUUAUUAUGUUGAGGUAGGUUCCCUCUAUACCUACUUUCUCAGAGUUUUUAUCAUAGAUGGGUAUUGAAUUUUGUCAGAAGCUUUUUCUGCAUCUAUUGAGAUUAUCGUAUUGUUUUUAAUCCUUCAGUUUGUUAAUAUGGUGUAUCACAUUGAUUUGCGUAUAUUGAAGAAUCCUUGCACCUCUGGGAUAAACCCCACUUGAUCAUGGUAUAUGAUCCUUUUAAUAUGCUGUUGGAUUCUGUUUGCUAGUAUUUUGAUGAGGAUUUUUGCAUUCAUAUUCAUAAGAGAUACUGGCCUGUAGUUUUCUUUUUUUGGUGACAUCUUUGUCUGGUUUUGGUAUCAGAGUGAUGGGUGCCUCGUAGAAUGAGUUUGGGAGUGUUCCUCCCUCUGCUAUAUUUUCGAAGAGUUUGAGAAGGAUGGGUGUUAGCUUUUCUCUAAAUGUUUAAUAGAAUUUGCCUGUGAAGCCAUCUGGCCCUGGGCUUUUGUUGGUUGGAAGAUUUUUAAUCACAGUUUCAGUUUCAGUGCUUGUGAUUGGUCUGUUUAUAUUUUCUAUUUCUUCCUGGUUCAGUCUCAGAAGGUUGUACUUUUCUAAGAAUUGGUCCAUUUCUUCCAGGUUGUCCAUUUUAUUGGCAUAGAGUUGCUUGUAGUAAUCUCUUAUGAUCCUUGGUAUUCCUGUAGUGUCAAUUGUUACUUCUCCUUUUUCAUUUCUAAUUCUGUUGAUUUGAGUCUUCUCCCUUUUUUUCUUCAUGAGUCUGGCUAACGGUUUAUCUAUUUUGUUUAUCUUCUCAAAAACCAGCUUUUAGUUUUAUUGAUCUUUGCUAUAGUUUUCUUCAUUUCUUUUUCAUUUAUUUCUGAUCUGAUCUUUAUGAUUUCUUUCCUUCUGCUAGCUUUGGGGUCUUUUUGUUCUUCUUUCUCUAAUUGCUUUAGGUGUAAGGUUAGGUUUUUUCUUUGAGGUGUUUCUUGUUUCUUGAGGUAGGAUUGUAUUGCUAUAAACUUCCCUCUUAGAACUGCUUUUGCUGCAUCCCAUAGGUUUUGGGUCGUCGUGUCUUUAUUGUCAUUUGUUUCUAGGUAUUUUUUGUUUUCCUCUUGAUUUCCUCAGUGAUCUCUUGGUUAUUUAGUAGUGUAUUGUUUAGCCUCCAUGUAUUUGUAUUUUUUUACAGAUUUUUCCUGUAAUUGAUAUCGAGUCUCAUAGCAUUGUGGUCAGAAAAGAUACUUGAUAUGAUCUCAAUUUUCUUAAAUUUACCAGGGCUUGAUUUGUAACCCAAGAUAUGAUAUAUGUUGGAGAAAGUUCCAUGAGCACUUGAGAAGAAAAUGUAUUCUGUUGUUUUUGGAUGGAAUGUCCUAUAAAUAUCUGUUAAGUCCAUCUUGUUUAAUGUGUCAUUUAAAGCUUGUGUUUCCUUAUUUAUUUUAAUUUGGGUGAUCUGUCCAUUGGUGAAAAUGGGGUGUUAAAGUCCUCUACUAUGAUUGUGUUACUGUCAGUUUCCCCUUUUAUGGCUGUUAGCAUUUGCCUUAUGUAUUGAGGUACUCCUAUGUUGGGUGCAUAAAUAUUUACAGUGUCAUAUCUUCUUCUUGGAUUGAUCCCUUGAUCAUUAUGUAGCAUCCUUCUUUGUCUUUUUAAUAGUCUUUAUUUUAAAGUCUAUUUUGUCUGAUAUGAGAAUUGCUACUCCAGCUUUCUUUGAUUUCUAUUUGCAUGGAAUAUCUUUUUCCAUCCCCUCACUUUCAGUCUGAAAUGGGUCUCUUGUAGACAACAUAUGUACGGGUCUUGUUUUUGUAGCCAUUCAGCCAAUCUAUGUCUUUUGGUUGGAGCAUUUAAUCCGUUUACAUUUAAGGUAAUUAUCAAUAUGUAUGUGCCUGUUACCAUUUUCUUAAUUGUUUUGGGUUUGUAUUUGUAGGUUUUUUUCUGCUCUUGUGUUUCCUGCCUAGAGAAGUUCCUUUAGCAUCUGUUGUAAAGCUGGUUUUGUCGUGCUGAAUUGUCUUAGCUUUUGCUUGUCUGUAAAGCUUCUGAUUUCUCCAUCAAAUCUGAAUGAGAUCCUUGCUGGGUAUAGUAAUUUUGGUUGUAGGUUUUUCCCUUUCAUCACUUUAAAUAUGUCCUGCCACUCCCUUCUGGCCUGCAGAGUUUCUGCUGAAAAAUCAGCUGAUAAACUGAUGGGGAUUCUCUUGUAGUUAUUUGUUGCCUUUCCCUUGCUGCUUUUAAUUUUUUUUUCUUUGUAUUUAAUUUUUGUUAGUUUGAUUAAUAUAUUUCUCAGCGUGUUUCUCCUUGGGUUUAUCCUGUAUGGGACUCCCUGCACCUCCUGGAGUUGAUUGACUAUUUCCUUUCACAUGUUCGGGAAGUUUUCUACUAUAAUCCCUUCAAAUAUUUUCUAAGGCCCUUUUCCUUUCUCUUCUUCUCUGGUACCCCUAUAAUUCAAAUAUUGUUGCCCUUAAUGUUGUCCCAGAGGUCUCUGAGAGUGUCCUCCUUUCUUUUCAUUCUUUUUUCUUUAUUCUGCUUUGUGGCAGUUAUUUCCACCAUUCUAUCUUCCAGGUCACUUUUCCAUCCUUCCACCUCAGUUAUUCUGCUAUUGAUUCCUUCUAGUGUAUUUUUAAUUUCAGUUAUUGUGUUGUUCAUCACUGAUUGUUUGUUCUUUAGUUCUUCUAAGUCCUUGUUAAACAUUUCUUGUAUCUUCUCAAUCUAUGCCUCCAUUCUAAUUCUGAGAUCUUGGAUCAUCUUUACUAUCAUUACUCUGAAUUAUUUUUCAAGUAGAUUGCCUAUUUCCUCUUCAUUUACUUUGUCUUGUGGGAUUUUACCUUGCUCUUUCGUCUGCAACAUAUUUCUCUGUCCUCCCAUUUUGUCUAACCUACUGUGUUUAUGGUCUCACUUCUGCAGGCUGCAGGCUCGUAGUUCCUUUUGCUUCUGUUGUCUGCCUGCUGGUGAGUGAGGUUGGUUCAGGGGCUUGUGUAGGCUUCCUGGUGGGAGGGACUGGUGCAUCCACUCUGGUGGGUGGAGCUGAAUCUUUUUCCUCUGAUGGGCAGGGCCACGUCAUGUGGUGUGUUUUCUGGGGUGUCUGUGAGCUAGUUCAACUUUAGGUAGCCUAUCCGCUGAUGGGUUGGGCUGUGUUCCUGUCUUGCUAGUUGUUUGGCAUGAGGUAUCCAGCACUGGAGCCUACAGGCAGUUGGGUGGAGCUGUGUCUUGAUGUUGAUAUGGAUACCUCGGGAGAGCUCACACUGAUUAAUAUUUCCUGGGCCCAGGAGUUCUCUGGUGGUCCAGCAUCCUGGGCUCAGUGCUCCCACCCCAGAGGCCCAGGCCCGACCCCUGGCUAGGGAGCCAAGAGCCUGCAAGCUGCACAGUGCAGCCAGAGGGACAAAAAAAGAAAACAAAACAAACAGACAAACAAAACCCAAGACAAAUAGCAAAAGCAAAAACAAAGAGCAGCAACAACACAACACACACACACAGAAAAAAAAGAGAACAAACAAACAAAAGAAUUCAAAAAUGAGGGGCUUCCCUGGUGGCACAGUGGUUAAGAAUCCUCCUGCCAAUGCAGGGGACAUGGGUUCGAGCCCUGGUCCAGGAAGAUCCCAUGUUCCGUGGAGCAACUAAGCCUGUGCGCCACAACUACUGAGCCCACAUGCCACAACUACUGAAGACCGUGUGCCUAGAGCCUGUGCUCUGCAACAAGAGAAGACACCACAGUGAGAAGCCCGUGCACCGCAGCAAAGAGUAGCCCCCGCUCGCUGCAACUAGAGAAAGCCCGCAUGCAGCAACAAAGACCCAACGCAGCCAAAAAUAAAUAAAUAAAAAUAAUUAGAAAAUGAGAACAGUCAGUGAGGAGUAAACUAACAAAAACAAAAAAUGAAAAAUAAAAACCAAAGCAAACAAUAAACCAGAAAGUGAAGAAAACAUAAAAUAUACACAUAAAAACAAUAAAAAAAGAAUAAAAUAAAAAACAAAGACCAAAAACAAGAAAAAAACACAAAACAACAAAAAUAAAGUAAAAAUAGAAAAAUAAAAAAUAUAUAUAUUAAAAAAAGAAGGGCUUCCCUGGUGGUGCAGUGGUUGAGAGUCCGCCUGCCGAUGCAGGGGACAUGGGUUCGUGCCCUGGUCCAGGAGGAUCCCACAUGCCACGGAGCGGCUAGGCCUGUGAGCCAUGGCUGCUGAGCCUGCGCGUCCAGAGCCUGUGCUCCGCAACGGGAGAGGCCACAACAGUGAGAGGCCUGCGUACCGUAAAAAAAAAUACAAAAGAAAAAAUAAAAAGGUUAAAAAAUAAUAAAAGCAACAACACCAACAAGUGAACAAAAUGAAACAAACCCAAAAAAAUAAUAAUCGUAAUAAGAAUAUUUUCCUCGGGCCUGCUCUGUCAGUGUCCUUGCUCCCCCAGUGAACCAGAGCCAGUCCCGACUUCCCCUGGAGGCCUUCCAGUACUUCUAGGUUGGUCUCUGGACCUGCUGUGGACUCUGUGGGGCCAGCUCAGACCCUGACCUGGCCUAACUCCCCCAUGUUCUUGCCCCCAGAGUCCACUGCUGUGAAGGCCAGACCAGUCUCAGUUGUGGGAACACUCAUUGUCCCUUCAGGUAUUCCACAGAUGUGGGAUUUACCAAGCCGAUCUUGGGGAUUUAAUCCAUGGCCUGUGCAGCUGCACAGAAAGAUUUCCAUUCCUCUUCCUCAGUCGCACCACCCCUGGGGCUCAGCUUUGCUUUUGACCCCGCAUCCGCCUGUGCGCCAUCCUUAGGCAUCUGUUCCUUGCCCAGCUGAGGGAGCAAAAGCCGUGGCUGCUUGGGGCUGGGGUGGGGUACAGAGGGCACAGUUGGGGUGUGUGUGAGUUGCCUGCAGCAGCAGGGACCAGCAGGCCAUUGCAACGGACUGUGGCAUGCUCGCUGUGCCAGGAGUACCUCCCAGAGACCGUGGAGGUAGGAGCUGGCAUGCAGGGGCAGGGGCAGCCCCCCACCACUCACCACUCACCACUCAACAAUGAUGCCUCACUUUCCAGGUAGACGACGCUUCCCCUAGGGGCAUUUGGAGCCACGCAUCCCCUGACACCCGUCCCCUCUGCUGUUCUGCGCAGCCAAGAGAGCUCCUCUCCCUGAUCUGCUCUCCCAACCCCACACUUUAGCAUUCAGCCCCUGCCAGCAUCAGUACACUCCUGUCCCAGGCAGGGGAGCCCAGGGCUGAUUCCCAAGGAGGUUUUGGGAUGGGUGGCGCUCAGGACCCUGGAGCCCACAUGGGCGUAGGAGACCCUGGCCCGAGGGGCAGGCAAGCCCACUCAGAUGGGAGCCCCUCCCAGUGCCUGUGGAGGCAGAAGAAGCCAGCAGGUGGGGAGAGGGGUUGUAAUGGUGGCCCCGCCCCUUGCGUGCCACUCAACAAUGACGCCUUGCUUCUAUGGUGUCCCGCACUUUUCCCGCAGACUUUCCUGGUUGUGUAGCUCCUUACUCCUGUCCCUUCAGGCUGUCUUUUCACAGCCAACAGCUGUCCCCUCCUGGGUCCGCACUCCAAAUCCCACCUUCCAGCACCAAGCCCCACCCUCCACAACUGGCAACUCAGGACUCAGGCUGGAAUGCGCAGAGCUGCGGUGUUGACCACUUGUGUAGUUCUUACCUUGUCCUGCCUUCAGAAACUGUGCUGCAUUCUCCUCUGAUCCCCCAAAGGUCCUUUUCUGUCGCAGCUAAUUUCCCCACCGAGAGGGAGUUUUUCUGAGUGCAGGGACCUCCUCUCACCUUCAGCUUCCCGCCAGGGGUGCUGAUCCCUGUUUUGCUUCCUUUUCUUUUUUUCUUCUUUCUUUCCUCCUACAGGUUAUGAGGGGAUUUUUCUUGUCCUUUUAGGUGUCCGAAGUCUUCCGCUAAUGUUCAGCAGGUGCUCUGUGAGAAUUGUUCCAUUUGUAGAUGUAUUCUUGAUGUAUAUGUGAGGAGAGCCGAAUUCCGUGUCCUUCUAUUCUGCCAUCUUGAGUCCCCCCGCUCACUUUGUUUUAUACAGUUUUCUACUUGAAAAUUCACCCAGAGAAUUGACAAUUUAAUCAUUUCAGUGUAUUUUGAGGUAGUUUCAGUGAACUAAAUUGUUGUGGUGUGUGGUGUUAACUCUCUCACUGUGAGGUGGGAGGCAUCUUUCCUUACUGGACAGUUACCACCAUUCUCCUGGGUUUCUCACUUUACUUCCUAAACCCAGAGAGGGACUUCCCAGUAACUGAUCUCUGGAUCUUGUCUCCUGCCUUUGCUUUUUGUCUCCUUGACUAGUGUGGUUCUUGGGGACCUAUACCUGCCCUUCUGGUGACAGUGCCUUUACACACUGAUGCCUGGUCAAUGCUCAGUUACUAGGAUACAUGUAGAGUGGGAAAAACUAUAAAAUUGGCACCAUCUAGCGGGCCUGGCCCUCUCUGCCUGACUUGUACAUUAUUCUUAGAUCUUCUCUGUUGAUCUAAUUACAUUCAAAAAGUAUUUUUUCGAGCCUCCGACAGAGAAAUGAAACUCCUCACAUAGUCCUGAACAAAGCUGUGUCCUCCAUCUGGGACAUGAGCAGCUUUGGGAGAGAUGCAUUUGGAGAGAUGCGGAAGCAGGGAUCACCUUCCUGGUUAACGAGAUAACUCAUCAAUAGGAUGAUGUAAAUCAAAACCAGAUCUCCCUCUCAUCCAGGUGCUUUUAUGCACUUACCAUCCUCAGAGUACUGUGCAUAGCUCAGGCAUUAGCACAUUGUUUGGCACAUAAGUACAAAAUAAAUGGUAUCUGUGAUGUCUGUUCAGAGACAUUUCCGUACCUCCUGGGUCGGAGCUAUGACAUGAAACUCCAGCUGGCUUUAUAAAGCAGACAAUGUAUCUGAAUGGAAAGACACUAAGUUCAGAGAGGACGGAGAUCACUGUAGUCCUGAGUGUAUUGGCCAAGCUUUUCAAAGAGAUGAAACUUGAACCAAGACCCACAAGGACAUUUAUCAUGAACUUUGCCUCCACUGUUUUCUGCUUCUUACCAUUAGUGAUCUUGGCAGUUGUUUUUGACAUCUUAGAUUAGAAGCUACUUAAGGAGAGCUUAAUUUCACAAAUCCUGAUGCUUUGUGUAUUUCAGCUUAAAACUUAACUUUCUCUUAAUUCCAAAGAUCCUAAUAAUAGAAAACCGUUAACUUCUCUUUGGGCAAAUGUAGCUGUCCUGCUCUCCUGACAGCUUCUCUUCUCCUCCAUUUAGGUUAUAAAUACAUGGGGCCUGGGACCAUGUGUUUCUUAUCCUUACUUUAUAAUUCCCUAUGGAUAAGACUGGCCUGAUUCUUACAUUGUAAUCUAAUCACUUACUAAGGGGUCUCAGGGUUUGUUGAAGGUGAUGGAUUAGCCUCUCAAGCGCCCCAGCCCAAACAGGGCUGGUUGUCUUGGGCAUUCCCAUCACCUGCCUUCCCUGAUCCCUAUUUCUGUUCCAACCAAAUAUGCUCCUGGUUUUUUCCCCCGAUCACCCCAUUUCUAUAGCACAUUAAAUACACUUUUAAGGAGGUGUCAAGACUUCUCUUAAGAAUAUGGGUUUUUAUUCACAAUAACACAUAUACAUAAACCAGGAGAUAGGCACAGUGGCAGAUGAGAUCCGACCAAGUACAGAGACAACGUUAAUUGAGAGUAUCCAAGUUAAUUUAAAACCCAUCAAGUUCAUAUACCCUUACUUUUUAAUUUAGUAAAUGUUUUAAGCUACUGUGUUUUAUCUCAGUUAAUAUAAUGAAGCUUUCCUCACUUUUUCCAAUUCACUAAAAACAUUUUUACUUACUUAUUGUUUUUAGACAACUUAUGAAGCAUUUCUCUGUGGUUUUCUUUUGCAAAUGGGCUGGUUUCACUAUGUGGGCCUUAACUUAUAUAAUUGUUGUCUCUUAUUCUCUCUGUGAUCCACCUUUCAUUGUGUUUAGCAGGCGCUGGUUGCUUUGUAAUAUUGAAAAAACAGCAUGUAGGUAUACUUGGAAAGAAUAAAUAGCAGUGAAAUUUUGUAUAUUGCAAACUGUUUUUCAUAGACUGUCAUCUUAAAACGUAACCCAUGGAAUGGAAGUCUUUUCACCAUUAAUGCUGCAGAGAUUCAUUUAUUUAACAUUAAACAGAUAUCUCUUGACUUCCCACUUUGUGCCAAGUAUAGUUCCAGGUGCUGAGAAUCUAGCAGUAAGCCAGACAGACAAAGACCUUGCUCUUUACAAGCAUACAUUCUAGCCAGGUUUGCAGUGGAGAUGCAGGCAUUCAACAAAUAAGCAAAUACACAGCCUGUAGAGAUGGCAGCGAUUUCUUGAUUCUUUUUCUCUCUACCAUGGCUUCAAGGCCAUUUCUACAACCUUAUUUUCUAUAGUGUUGAGUUGAAUUUAGUCUCAUAGUACUACUACCCCCAUCUACAUAAGGGCCUGUUCUAGUACAGGAGAGAAAGUACGGAGAGGCACCUGGUAGGGUCAAGUUUCUCAUUGUUAAACUGAAACUAAAUGUACUUCACUCUCAGGACUGUAGAGGUGAGGAUUCGUUCACUCAUUCAGCAAACAUUUAUUGAGCAGUGUAUCACUCAGGGUUCUAUUAUGUUCCAGGCUAUAUAACAUCUACAUGCAUGCCCUUAAGUACCUAGCUGGAAAGACAAAGACAUAAAAUAAAUAAUUACUGAUAAAUGUUACAGUAAAAACAUAUAUCAAGUACAAGGAGGGGGCCACAAAAGCAUUAAUUAACUCUGCCUGGGGGAAGGUCUCACCAUAAAGUGUCCUCUAAACUGUGACUUAAAGGUAACUGGAAAUACAGCACACUUCAUUUACUCAGGAAAGUUUACUGAGCCAAGCACAGUUGUGGGCCCUGUAGACACAGCGGUGAACUAGGCAAAAUCCCUGCUCUCUUGGCAGCACAGAGACAAACAAUAAACAGAGAGAUAAAUAAUUAUAUAUUAGGUGGCAGUACCUAUUAAUAUAAAAAAAAAGAGUAGGUUAAUAAAGGGAACAGAGAGUGACAAGGGUUGCUGUUUUAGAAAGAGUGGUCAGGGAAAGCUUCUCUGUCGAAGUGACAUUUGAGCAGAAUCUUGAAUGAUAUGAGAGAAUGAGACCAACAAGCAGGGGAAGCUGUUUCUGAUAGAAGGAGCAGCAUGAAGAAAAGCAUAAUAGCCACGAAAAUUGUGGCAUCUUUAUUACAAAGUGAAGUAUUCCCACUGAGCAUGGAUGGAGUAAGCUGGGGGUGCAGAGAGCUUGGGGAAGUGUGGUAGACGAGGCUGGGAAAGGAAGGAAGAGGGGGCCAGAUGGUGAAAAACACUGUGUCCCAUACUCAGGAUUUGGAAUGCCCACCUUGUUGAUUGGGGAAAGAGGGGCUAGAUUUUGAAAAAAUUUAAGAGAAAAAUGACAUGGUUAGAUUUUUUUUUCAUUCGGUUGGGUUUGGUUAGGUUUGUUUUGGUUUGUUUUGGUUUGGUUUGGUUUGGGGUAAAUUACCUCUAGCACAGGUAUGAAAGAUAACUUGAAAGGAGACGCAGAAGAAACCAAUUGUAAGGUUAUUAUGAUAAUGCAAGUGAGAAAUUAUUUGGCCUAAAUUAAAACAGUAAGAUGAGGCUAGAGAGGAGAUCGUAGAGCUCAGCUGUUUUAGGAGACCCACAACGGAAGAUUUGAUGCCCUGCGGAGCAUGGGAAAGGUCAGGAACAAUUCCUGCGUUUCAGUUUGGGUGACUGAGUGGGUGAUAAUGCCAUCAACCAGCUCAGGGAGCCCUAGAGGAGCAGCGGGCUUAGAAAUGCAUAUAAUGAAUUUGAUUUGGGGCAAUGGGAAAUACAGACUGGAAAUUAAAAGAAAAGUCAAGGCUGAAAUACAGAUUUGACUGUUACCAGCGUUUCAUGGAAUUUAAAACAGAGGCGCAAGAAGAGUAGUCAGCAUUGUCAGAUACUGCAGAGAAGUUUAAUAAGAUGAAGACUUUUAAAAGGCUGUCAGAUUUGACAGUUGGAAGGUUACCAAUGACUUCAUCAAGAGCAAUUUCAGUAGAUGUGGGUAGAGUAGAGCCUCAUCAUGGUUGAGUUGGAGAGUGAAAGGGCAAGAGGCUGGGAUUAUCCAGCCAGGAUCGCUGUCCUCUCUUCUUUCCUAAAGCUCCUCCUUGGAAGCUUUGAACCUGAGGUCUGAUCUUCUCUUCCCCUUCCCUCCUUAGCUUUCUCCACCCAGGGCCUAGGACUGGUUACCCGAGCUGGGGACAUGAUGGAGGGACAAAUAUUCUAAGAUCCUUGGGUCUCUGAUGGGAGAGGUGUCAGGGGUAGAGGAGCCUGAUGUUGGUGAGUAAGGUAUUGCAAGGAGUGUCCUCCAUAGGGAACAGCAGGUAGGGCCAGUCCAGAGACCUGUCUCCAGAGGGGAGAAAGAUGAAACACAUAGGCCUCUGUUGUAUGUGGAAACUCUGGACCAGGAAGCUGAGGUAGGAUGGGGAGCAAAGGACUUGAAGGACUGGUGGGGCAAACAUGGAAUUAGUCAGGAAACUUGGCCCCAGUGAGAGUGGAAUCUGACGGAGUGCGGGGGUGAGGGACAGAAUCUGACAGUAAACUGAUGCUAACUAGAAAUUCAGGCAGGGAUGCUUAGGUUUCCUAGGGCACAGGGACUGAAGAUGUGCAGGUGGAAAGACGUUGGCAGUACUUGUGACCAUGAAGAUAGCAGUGAGGGGACAGUUAAUGAAUUAAGGGGUAGCAUAAAGAAAAAAAACCUGGCAUAGAGAUAUUUAACAAAUAUUUGUGAAGCCUGAAGCGGUCAUUCACAUUUCGUGGAGAAAAGAGAUUAGAUACCAGAGUUCAGAAGAGCUGAAAGGAAACACCUAGGUUCCCUUCAGGGAGAGGAUGGACUCAGUGACUAAGGGAUCCCAGACAGCUUGGAGCUGCAAAGCCCAAGAGAGAGACUUGCACUUCGGAAGGAGUUGGAAGCAAAGUUCAGGGUAGGGGAGCCCCUCCCUUAACCCUGGGGACCAGGCAGUUAUCAGUAGGAUCUACCAGAUUUCCCCCGCCAGCUCCCAUACACACCCUCGGCCUCAGUUUCUCCCGCCUGCACUGCCACCUCAGCCCACUGGGGGGCGGGGCUCGAGGGCGAGGCUGGUGGCUGUUCCGAAGCCUCGAGAGCCGUCCGUUCCUACCAGACUCCCUGCUCUGAGCGGUCUUACCCCAUGGCCGGACACAGCCCCUCAAACUUCCCCAUGCCGGGCACUGGUGGGGACAGGCCCGCAGGGCCAGUGCCGGUGCGGGUUGACACUCCAAUCGAGUUGAGCGCCCAGGCGGCCCCCGGCAGGCUGAUGGUCCGGCCAGAGGUCAGGCCGGGGAUGUGCCCAGACCCUGAGGUGUGGGCACUGUCCCCAGGUCCCCCGCCGUGCGAAUUCCAGGAUGGGAUGAUGCCUUGCCGGCCCCGGGUCGGAGCUGGAGAGGUGAGCGCUUGGUUCCCAAGACCCUCUGAGGUCGCCUUCCCCGGGCCCUGCAUCGUCCUGCAGUGCAUCCCGACGCUGGCGCUGCCAGAAGACGUCUCUGCCGUACAGGAGAUGGAGCAGUUGGCCAAGGAGCUGAGGCAGAAGAGGAUGACCCUGGGGUACUCUCAGGCCGACGUGGCGUUGCUCAUGGGGGCUCUUUUUGGAAGGACGCUGAGCCAGACGACCAUCUGGUGCUUCGAGGCCCAGCAGUUGAGCCUCACCAACAUGUGGAAGCUGCGACUGCUGCUGAAGAUGUGGCUGGAGCAAGUGGACAUGGAGAACCUUCUGGGCUUAUGCAAAAUGGAGACGAUCCUGCAGCAGGCUGGGAAGCACAGACGGGCAUACAGGGAGAGACACAUCGGAAACAGCCUGGAGAAACUCUUCCUGCAGUGCCAGAAGCCCACACCCCAGCAGAUCAGCUGCAUCGCUGGGCAGCUCCAGCUGCAGAAGGACUUCAUCCAAGUUUGGUUCCAUAACUGGAGCAAGAUGGGCAGUCGGCCAAGCAAUGAUUUCUCCCCACUGACAGAGGUGGGGACUGUCAGACCUCCUCUCCCAAGAGGACCAGUGUGCUUUCCCCUGACAUCGGGACUCCAUUUCUGUGUCCCCCAUUAUGGGGGACCCUACUUUACACCGUUGUACCCCUGCCCCUUUCACUGCGGGAGGAACCCUCCUCUCUGCCCCAGCCACCACCCUGAGCCUCCCCAGGCUUUCCAGCUGAGGCGCCUGCCUUUCUGGGGAGGGCCAACCCGGGGAAACGGGUCCCUGGGGUUCACUUAAAGGCUUUUAGCAUUAAGUCCUCCAUUAGUUGUCUAAAGAAGUUAAGAAUACGUAAGGGAGAGGGAUGGGAGCUGUUUAGGAAAAUUUGGGGAGGGAGGUUGAAGUUUACUGCUGUGUUGUUUUUCCCUUUGUUUUUCCUUAGCAUUGACUUUAAGGUACAUUCCAAAACGUAGAUGGUUUUGGAUAUUUUGUUUCUCUCUGUUUAUUAAUUGAAAAGUAAUUGUGUCUCUUAUUCCACGUGGUUAUCAGUAAACAUAGGGAUAUUCGUAUGAACACAAUACUGAGUGAAAAACUCAGGUCACAGAAGACUAUGUCAGUGUAUUAUUUCUAUCAAAACCAAGCAGAACUUUGUGUGAACACAGAGUCCAAGAUAAUCGUUGCCUCCAGGGGAAGGUUUGAGGAUGGGACAGGAAAAGAGUACAUAGAGCCUACCCAGAGCCCUUGUUGAAACACAAGAGUUUGCCGGUUCUCCCCCUUUUCUUGAAAGAUGUGUUUUUUUCUAAUUCACUUUUCAGCUCUGUUUGGUUUAUUCCCUGGGAAUUUCCCUUACUUUCUUUUGAGCUCAGAAAUGCUUUGUAGAGGAUAUUUGUGAUAGUUGAUCCAACUAUCCAACUCCCUGGUGGCUUUUGCAGUGGUGCAUCUUAAAUCACUUUUCCAAUCUCUUCCAUGAAAUUGGUCUUUUCCAGUUCUCUACUUCUACAUUGGUCAAUAUGGGUCAUCGUAUACUAAACAGAAGGCAUUAAUCCCUCUGUGUUUUCACACCUGUUGCCGUACACCUCCAUGUAAUAUUUAUGGUUUUAUAAUUCUGUCACCAUAUACUAUACCUGAGUUUAUGUAUUCUUUUUGCUUACUAAUCUUGUCCAUUUUUUUCUCUACUUUUUUCCUUAAUCAGUCUUACGAAGAAUUUAUCUACAGGUAUUUUCAAAUAACAAGUUUUUUAUUUUUAAUCCUAUUUACUGUUUUUAUUUCCUAAUUAUUUAAUUUUAGGUUUAUUUUUAUUAAUUGCUUUUUUCUAGUUUCUUCCAAUAUGUAUUUCUUCCUCUCGUCAAUGUCUGAAAGUAGAGCACUGUCAAGACACGUAGGUUAGUGAAAAUGGAGCCAAACUUCAAAAAACCAAGAGUAUGUUGUCAGUGGUUAGCAGUGUCAUAUGUCAGAGAUCAAAUAACAUAAAUCAAGUAAGCUAUAUCAUUUCAUUAACAAAGAUGUUACGGGUACAUGUCUUAGAACAAUUUCAGGGGAGGAGUUAGUAGAGGCAGGUUCCAAACAACAGUCCAAAGUCUUCAUAUUUGCCAGAUUUUCCCCUACCUCAGUUAAAAACAUAAAUUCCAACCACUCACUCAAUGAGAUCUUUGCCAUCAUUCUGAAAAUUUCUGUAUCAAAUGUUUCCUUUAUCUUGUAUUUCCUUUUGACAAGGCAGGUAUUCUUAACCUGAAGAUGCCAAACCUCUUUGAGGUAUAAGCAGAAUAGCGUGUUUGUACAUAUGUGCAUUUUCUUCAAAGAUGGUGAUGGUAGCCUUCAUCACAUUUCAAUGGGGACCAUGACUGUGUAGAUCUAUGAUUUUAGAAUUUAAGCAACACCUUCCCAUUGGCCAUCUUACUUUUGAGAGUUUUCCCUUGAAAACUAAUAGGUAAUUCCUGGUUUUCUUCAAGUCUGUAUUUUCUGGGUAUCUCUAGCCAGUACAGUAUAAAGGCCCUGAAUCAGUUCUAACAUAAGUCUUUCAAAUUCAGACCAAAUACUGUAUUGAUUAUUGCCUUUAUUGUUCUUAUGCUUUUAUCAUUCCUUGGCACUUUAAUUAGAUUCUUAUCAUAAAGAACAAUUUCUCCCUUCCCUAGAAGUUUUCCUACUUCUUGUCUAAGAAAACUUGAGGUGUUAGGAGAUCCCUCCUUAUUCCAAAACAUUAUCCUGCUCUUAAAAUAGCAUCUGUUUUCUAUUAUUUCAUAUUUUUAAAAUGUGUGUAGUAUACAUCAUUGUUUAUUAUACUAAAACUGUGUCAUAAGGAUUUAUUUUUCAGAAUAGCCACUUUUGUUUAUGACUUUCUUCUAGAAAUAUUCUUACUAAACAGUACUGAUUCCCUUAGCAGAAUCCAUUUAUAAAUUCUUUUCAGGGUACAAAAUUGUAUUAUCUAUGUAGAACAAUGUUUUUACAAUGAAAACUACAAUUCCAUUCAAAUAAAAUCCUAGUGGAAUAUGGGAGUAUUACUUGACAAAGUGAUUCUAAACCGAAAGAAUGAAACUUGGGGAAAUAUGGAAAUUUUGAAGGUAAAGCGUUAGGGCCUUGUUCUACCAGAUGUUAUGAAACUACAAUAAUUUGAACACAGUGUUGUGGUCGUGAUGAACAAAAUAAAAGAAACAAGUAUUUGGCUAUUCCAUCUGUGGUCAUGUAAAUUGGUACAACCUUCAUGAAAGGCUGUUGGGUAAUUCAUAUGAGAAGUUUUUAAAAUGUGCUUUUCCUUUGGCCCAUCAUUUCAACUUUUAAAUAAUGUUUAUAAGAAAAUAAUUGUUAUAUGUAUGCAAAAAUUUAGUGAUAAGGGUGGUAUCACAGCAUUUUUUUUUAAUUUUAACAACGAAAAGUUAGAAACAGUGUUCAACAAAGGGUUAAAUAAAUAAAAAGGAACACCAUAUAGGGUAAAAAUUGACAAACAGUUCAGAAAAGAUUGUUGAAUGAGGCAAAACAAUUUAUUAAACUUUGUGAUGUCAUUUUUUAAGGAAAAAGGUAUAUUACAGGGAAAAAAAUCUAUAAUAGGUAUUACUGGUGAUUUUUUUUAAAAUUUGCUGUAUGUAUUAUACAGUUUAAAAAUUCAAGAAAUAUAUCUAAACAAAGACUCCAGAAAAUCUAGGAUUCCUAAAAAUAUUCAUUCUUCUAGUCUUUCUUGUCUCUAAAUGGUAAUUUCUCAUUAUAAAACAAUAUUUUAGAAUAAUAAAUCUGGCCUUUUCAUUUUUAGUCAGAUUUGUAGUUUCUGUAAAAGAAAGGCAAUUCUCUAAAUGCAGGAGUAUUGGGACAUAUCAGUUGGAAAGGCAUUGCUAAAAAUUAGGGUUUUUUUAAUCAGAUGUCCAUUAAUGUUAAAGAGCUGUAGUGCAGCUCAGUGAAUGAAGAUACCUGCCAUAUGUCUGUUUUCCUGCACAACAUGGUAAUUUACAAUUACAAUUAGAGUGUUUAUAUACUUCAGUGUAGUUAACCUACAUUUAGAAUAUAAGCCCAAAUCAUUUUCAUGUUCCUGGAUGUUUACUUUUCAAUUUUAAAAAAGCAUUUGAAAAUAUCAAAAUCCUGGUUUUAUCACGGUAGAAUUCUCCCUACUUGUCAUGUUUGAAGAAACUAAAUGAAUAUAAAUGAGAUCUGUGGAUUUUUAGAUUUGAAGGGGGGUCAGUUCCUGUGAUUACAGCCCCAGUCAAUUGAAAGAUGAACUGUUAUGAAGUAAAUCUACCCCAAUACCCAGUAGAAUCCUUAAAACAAGGCAUUAGCAUUAUCGUGGUUACACCAGUGAAGAGAAACGUGACAAGAAGCUUUGGGAGACUGUAUGGUUUACCUAAGGGGCUGCCUCCAGAAAAGAACCCAGCGGGUAGGUAUGUUGGGCUGCUGCUCUGCCACCUCACUUUUUAGCUGUGAGCCUUGUGAAUUCUCCUAACGGCAAAAUCAGCUACUUUGGCACUGAACUUGCGUUUCUUAGGUUUCCUUCCCCCAGCUUCCAGCAAAAUUCGAAAUGCAAACCAACUUCACUUAUCGCUAUUGACUCUUGUACUGACUGCCUGCCAAAGACUAUGGUCAGAAAAGGAAAAAUUGAGGCCUUCCAUUGAUUUUUAAAAUCAAUGUUAUCUUCUAAAUCUGUACAACCUGUUUAACAUACCAUUUCUUCUUUGCCAAAGGAGUAACUCUAUUGUUUAAUAAUUAGUCUUCCUUCUGGGAUGCAUGGUAUAGGCCUUCUUUUAGAACUGGCCAGGGCAGUGUAUAAGAUGCAUUAAGUUGAAUUGUUGUCUUAGAAUGGAUGAUAAUGCUCCUGGAACAGCUGUAAAACUUUGGAUAUCAUUGACUGAGUAGUGGGCAAAUCUUAACAUACACCUUUUUACUGAAAGAGAAUUAGUUUCAAUAUAUCACAUAUUAGUUUGCUAGGGCUGCCAUAACAAAGUACUAUAGCUUGGGUGGCUCAAAGAAUAGAAAUUUAUUUUCUCACAGUUCUGGAUGCUAGAAGUCUGAAAUCAAGGUGUUGCAGAGUUGCUUCCUUCUGAGGGCUAUCAGGGAAGGAUCUCUGUUUCAGGCUCGUAAACAGCCUCCUUUUCCCUGUCUCUUGACAUUGUCUCCCCGUGUACAUAUCUGUGUCCUAAUUCCCUCCUCUUAGAAGGACACCAGUCAGUGGAUUAGGGCUGCCCUACUGACCUCAUUUUAACUUAGAUCUCUGUAAAGAUCCUGUCUCCAAAUAAGGUCACAUUUCGGGGUACUAGGGGUUAGGACUUCAACAUAUAAAUUUUUGUGGGAUAAAAUUCAGCUCAUAACACCAGCCUAAUUAAAAUUUAAGCUAGAUUCAAUUAUUUGUUAAUGUAGCCAUUCAACAAAUAUUAAUUGAGUACCUUAUAUAGCUGGUUGUGCCCUCGGUACUUAAGAUGCAGUGGUGACCAAAACAGGCUCAUCCUGACCUUCAGGGUGCUUAAAGUAUGCUGAGGUGUCCAUGUUAAACAAAUAAGCAUGUGAUGACAACUCAUGAUAAAUAUGAUGGAGUGUCAGGUAUCAGAAGUCUUCAUUUAGCUUUAGAGUUAUAGUCCUCCUGUUACAUGAGUAUUGCCUCUGAUAACAUCAGUUGUUAACAAAUAUUCUAAGCCAGAGGAAGUAUGGCCCCAUAGCCAAGGCAUAGUUUGGAAGACAGGCUUUUCUGGGUUCAAAUCUCAGCUCAGUAACCUACCAUCUCUGUUACUUGAAAUUACUUCUUUCAGCCUCAGUUUCUCAUCUGUGAAAUAUGUCUAGCAAUCCACAGGGUGAGAGAGUUGAUAAACAGGUAAAAUUAGGUUAUAUAAAAAGAAACCCCUAGGACUUCCCUUUUAUGCAGUAGCCACCCAAUAAGUUUUCUCUCCAUUGUGUUUUCACUGUACCUUGUCUGGGCUUUAUUUAUAGCUCAUAAAUCGCUCUUUUGCAUCCUAGGAAAUUUCACACAGUGAAAUUGUGCUCAUCGAUCGAUAGCCAAAACUGAAUAAUGAAAGAACAGAAAAAGACAAUAGUCUCAGUUGCUAGAAAACAUACUAUCUAACAUUGGGAAAUGACUUUUGGAAUUGUAAUAAUUGGAAGACAAUAAAAAGUUCGUUUCCUUAGCUGUCAAAUAACAACUAGGUAAGGGAACAGAUGAUAAGGUUUUGAUUUGAAGGAUUUAGAUAAAGACUUUCUGAAAACCCUUGUAAUGUUAUAUAAUUGAAAGGAAUGAUCUCUGAAGUUGUUUCUAGCCUAUAAUAAUUGUAUGAGUCUCCAUGAAUAAGAACAAAACAAUGUACCACAGAUUGAAUAUGGAGGCCACAAGGAUAUAGAGUAUGGGAAUGGACAGAGGACAUUGUUCCUCAUACUGUGAUUACCACUUAAACCUUUCCUUCCUGAUCUCCUGCUGUGGUCGCAGUUGUCUCCCAAAUGCAAGCCCAGUCCUGCCUUCAUUCAUACUAUUUCUUCAUUGAACUCUAGCUUUUCUGUCCAAAGCCUACUAUAUUAGUUUGCUAGGGCUACCAUAACAAAGUACCACAGAUUGGAUGGCUUAAGGAACAGAAAUGUAUUGGCUCACAGUUCUGGUGACUCCAAGCCCAAGAUUAAGGUAUGGGUAGGGUCGGUUCUUUCCAGGGCUGUGAGCGUAGGAUAUGUUCCAGGCCUCUCUCCUUGGCUUGUAGGUGGCUAUCUUCUCUUUAUUGUCUCUUUACAUUGUCUCUCCUCUAUACAUUUUUCUGUGUUCAGCUUUCCCCCUUUUAUAAGGACACAAGUCAUAUUGGAUUAGAGCCUACCCUAAUGACCUUAUUUUAACUUGAUUACCUUUGUAAAGACCCUAUCUCCAAAUGUCAUAUUCGAGGUACUGGGGUUUAGUACUUCAAGAUAUAAAUUGGGGGGGAACCCAGUUCAACCUGUGACAUCUACCACUCCUGAUAGAAAAUAUAGGUGGGUGCUGUGGGGGGAGGGUGUAGGAACCCAGAGAGACUUGUUUAUUUUUUCUUGCAAAGGAGUUAAAUAAGAGGUGUGUGAUGGAAAGGAAAGAGCAUUAGCCGUGGAGCCAGGCAGCCCCAGAUCUGCGUUCUGUCUCUAGGUCAUUCACAUAGGUAAUAUCACCAAUCCAGGGUAACUCAUCAGAAAAUUUCAAGAAAAAUAACAUUUUUUCCCUCCCAACAAAUGACUUUAUGGGCUGAAGAAUUACAGUGGCUACUUAUUUCUAUCUAUUUUAGGAGCACAACAAUUGUACUUUUAUCAGUGAGAUUGAAUGGCAUUAUCUUAGGAAGAAAAUUUUGUAUAUUUUGAUAAAGAUAUGAUUCUUACUUUCCCCAGAAAAAUUGCUGUGUGAGCCUAUUGAGAAAACCCUGUCACUUUCUGCUAAGCAUUGCCAGCCAUUAAUUUCUUCAAGCUAAUGUAACAGGACAGUCAAGUGACUUGCCUUUAAUUUGUUGUGAUAAUGUUAUAUUUAUGAAAAGCAGAGCUAAAACAGCUGAUAGCAAGUGUUUAGACACUGGUUGUUUUCAUAAAUGGUUUUAAGAGCAUUGCUAAAUCUAAGUAGACACUGAGUAAGUUUUCUCAGUAUGUGAAAUGUAAAUCAUUCUUUCUGUAAUCAUAAGUCAUUAAAUGCAUGCAAAUGUUAUAAAUGAUCACCACAUUUCAAACAUAUUUUUAUGGUACCAGUCUGCUUGCUAAAUAUGUAUUACCUUUGAGGUUUAAACUAAAGAGGUGGGAAAAGACUUACCAUACAGGAAUUUAUUGUGUUGUUCUUUUCUCUCCUAAAAAGGCGAUCAUACCAACACCAUAGGUAGAAAAGAAUGUUUUUGCUUCUGUGUCACAUCAUUAAAGUAGUGAAUCUAAUGCCGUACAUUUUUGUCUUCUGGGCCAAGAAAUUUUAAGUAAAAUACUAACAAAAAUGUUAUGCUUUUAAAUGAGAAGUGAAAGAAUCUUUAUCCUUUUUAUUUGAGUUUCCAGAAAUGGCACACUCCAUAAAAAAAUUGUAUCAUUCUUAUUUUUGAACGGAGUUUCUUUCAUUAGUCAGUAAACAGUUUAUUAGGUGAACAUUCUCUGAGCACAUAUAUACACCAUGUGAAUGUUUAGGAAACAGAAGGUGCUUGAAUUUGUGAGAUUUAAAUAUUUUCUCACAGUUGAUCCAGUGAUACUGCGGUAGAAAUAAAACCACAUGUAAAUGAAAUACCACUUUCUACUAAAAAGCACGUAUAAAUUUUCUACCAUUGUUUUAAUGAGGACAACAAUGAUUCUAUUUACUCAGUGGAACAUCUUAUAAAUCAUUAGCAUGUUUACCUCCAUAUGCAUUCUAAGACUCACCCAUAAAACUCUACCUGUCCUAAUCACAAAUAUGCAUGUACAUUAAAUUAUAUUAUCUGACUGCAAAUAUUUUGUGCUGCUAAUAUUCUUGCAAAUAUUAUUAAAUUUUGAAAGUAUAAAUAAAGCAAUGAUUUGGUUUCUCACUUGCUCUUCUAAAACACAUGUGCAUGCACAUACUAAUACUCAUAUUUUAAAUACAUUAUGUAAGAUAUGAGCUAUGUAGAUCAAAGGUGCUACACCAGAACAUGGCAAGCAAAAGGAAUAACACUCAGCAUCCAGCUUUGGUCCAUCUCCCAGAAAUCUUUGCUGUGGCCCCAAACCAACUCCUGUUUUUCCUCCACUUCUACAUCCUCACAUUCUUAUAAGUAUAGGGUAUAAUAAUUCUUAUUAUACCCUAUACUUCCUUGGUGGUUAAAUGUCUACUAAGCACCUGUUGAGGGCUAGGCACUAAAGAUCAGAAUUAGACAAGGUACACAUAGGUUAAGUAGAGGAAAGGAGUGAGAAAAAUCAAGGAUCACCUCAUCCAUGGCCAGGGUUAGAGGAAAGGACAAAGGAACAACCCAGAGGAAGGAGCACAUAACUCAGUGGGGGGUACCUGUCCCAUUAAGAACAGGGACCACUGGAGCUAAGUAGGACUUGAAAGAUAACUAGGAGUUGUUAAGUGGAGGGUGUGAGAAGAGGGAUGGGGGAGACCAAAAGUCAAGAAUGGGAGAAAAAGUGAAAGGACUUGCUUUUGACUAGAAAUCUAGGCUGUGAUUAGUUGCUGCAAUUGAGAGUUAAAUGCAGUGGCUAAAAUUCUGAUAGCCAUAGCAGAAAGUUACAUAGUUCUCAGUACGUGAAGCUAAUUACAUGAAUCUUUCAAAAUGCAUUGAGAAAAAUAUUUUCUCAACAUUAAAUUUAAAGAUGAAUAUAUCAAUCUUAAGGAGACAUUGAACAACGCAAGAGAUAAUCUCUUUAAUUGUAGUACCUCUGUUGAUUUGGUGUCGUCAUUUAAGACACACAAUCAUUCUUCAGGUGACUGGUUCUUAUAUUGACUUAUAGAAAAUAGCCUAAGUCUUAAUACUAAGAUCCAAGGUUCUGAAGGCCUUUCUUCCAGGAAAUAAAAUAAUUUUGUACUGGCAUAAAGCUUCCAGAUGGUUUGCCUUUGUACUACUGAUCAGCAAAUCUAGAAAAAUUAAUGGUUGGUAGAUCCACUGUCCUAUUCUUCUCAAGAGUCAUUGUCUCCACUAGGCUUUUGAUACAAAGGUGUUAAUCAGAACCUUUAUGUUUAUUACAAUAUCGUAAGAAACACAGGGAAGAGUUUAACUGAAAAAACCAUCAGACACCAAAGACAGUGUCUUAAGUUAGUAGCCUAGUUGCCUUUGUGCGCAAAAAAGAAAAAAAAAAAAUCUGAUGAGAAACCUUGUUGUCUGUCAUGGAGCAUGGUCAUUCUGUCCUUGCCCAUGGCUCCAGAUGCAAGAGAGUGCCUGGCAUGAUACCAGGGACAGAGAUUAGUAAGUGUGCAUAACAAGCAACUGACUUAAAAUAAAUCAUCAAUCCAUCUGUGGUUUUUUUUUUUAAUCUUUAUUGGAGUAUAAUUGCUUUACAAUGGUGUGUUAGUUUCUGCUUUAUAACAAAGUGAAUCAGUUAUACAUAUACAUAUGUUCCCAUAUCUCUUCCCUCUUGCGUCUCCCUCUCUCCCACCCUCCCUAUCCCACCCCUCCAGGCGGUCACAAAGCACGGAGCUGAUCUCCCUGUGCUAUGCGGCUGCUUCCCACUAGCUAUCUAUUUUACGUUUGGUGGUGUAUAUAUGUCCAUGCCACUCUCUUGCUUCGUCACAGCUUAUCUGUGUUUUAUCCUCAUAUGAAAUAAAGAUGACUGAAGUAUUCCUGUACAGAGUCACUCUGAGAACCAGAAAACAAACAAGCAAGCAAAAACUCUCAUAAGAAUUUUUGAGAAGUACUUAGCAAGGCAUAAAGAGCAAUGCAAUGCUUAAUAAUGCUUUUUUAAAUAAAAUUUAAGGCCUAUAGAUCUUCAGUUAUUAAGUCCAGUGUUGCUUCCAUCUGUGAAUAUUGAAAUGCUUUAAUAUAUAUAGUAAUUUUUACAAAACUUUCUAAAAUGAGUCCUUAGCGCCAAUGUAGAUGUUGAACAAGAUUAAAUUUUUUUCCCAAAUCAUGCAAACUCACCAGUGUCAGAAGCCAUCAAUAAAUACAUAAGUCUUGACACCCUUGCUUUGUCCUUAUAUAUACUGAGUGACACUUUUUAGCUUCUUUCAGCAGACAAGUUUUGACAGGCAGAAAAUCUGUUAGGAUCCAGCGUUGAUAGAUCUGUUUCUUAUGAAUUUAGGUCACCUCUGAAAAUCCCCAAAGUAUGUAUAAUGAAACAGUUGUUAGGUGAAUAAUUUUGAGAGGUCUGCUUGAGGUAGCAGACUCAUGUUUGGGGCAUUCCAUUGGGCAAUUGUCUUUUCAGACCCUUACCAUCAACUGAGAAGAGCUAGAAGGCAGAGAGCCUGAAAACGUAAGGCUUCUAAGAGUUAACUAUGUUGGGAUUUGAUAAGGAUAUUUAGAAAGUGGGAAAUAAGUAAUUAUUUUGAGAACACUGAGACAUUUUUAUUGGAGUUCUUUAUAACUCAACUUGAAGUGGAAUAUAGCUUGUACGAAUCAUAAUGCCAGAUGACAGUUAUUUUCCAGUCAGUUCUUAAAGUGGUUUACAUGUUAUAGUUCAAGCAAUAUGAAAAUUUGUUCUGGAAAAGCAUUUGUUGUCCAAGGUUUUCUUAACCAAGAGAAAUAGCUACACCUAGAUCUCAAUCGUUUAUGAGUGAAUUGUAUAUUCAGGGCAUUAUCUGCAACAAAACCAUGGUCUUAGGCUAGCUUUCCCUUGUUUCCCAGUGCGUGCCACUUUUCCCCAAUACCAAACUCUUGUGUUCUCAGCAAAUGCAAACUACUUUUAAUUGUGCCUAGAAAAACAUCAGGAGAAUAAAUUACUUCUCCUCUCCCACUGCCCUCCUCCCUUCAUUAUUUUAAAGUAUUAGAAAACUCAAUAUGAAUUACUUUGUUUCACCCUUUCAGUUACCUAUAGCACUUAUGUGGAUAAUCCAGAAACUUCUUGCCUUUAAACAUGUAUUAACAUUCAAAAAAAUGCUACUAUUAAAAUUUACUGUGUAGUAAUUUUACAGAUUCAAAUGAAUAUAUGAAUUCAAAUAUGCACACGUAAGUAUCAGUCUCACGUUUUAUAGAAGUUGGAAAAAAAGAGUAGAAUAUUAU